AUGGGUGCCAGGGUCGAAGAAGAUUUGGCCAAGCCUUAUAAGCCGAGUAACCUCUCAUGCUUUUCACUGCAAAUAGCCGAUUAUGAUUUUCAAACGAAGAUUAAGAUGCCAUCCCACAUCAAAACAUAUGAUGGGACUGAAGACCCUAAAGACCAUAUUCAAAUCUUCACUGGUGCAGCUAGAAUCGAGAAAUGGUCGAAUGCUGAAUGUUGUCUAAUCAAAGGGUUGCUGGCGAAUUUCUCCCAGCAGAGGCGAUACGUUAAAGAUGCUAUAGUAAUCUUUCAGAUAAAACAAAGGGGUGAUGAAAGCCUUCGAGAGUUCAUUGAAAGGUACAAAAAGGAAGGUCUCACGUAUGUCCUGGCAGAUGAAAAAAUGAGAGUGGCCGGUUUUAUAAACGCCAUUACAUCCAAAUAUCUCACAAGAGAUUUCAACAAAUCUCUACCCAAGACCUUGGAAGAAGCUCUCGAGAGGGCUGAAGCCCACAUCCGGGGAAAGGAGGCAGUAGACAUUAAAGAGCAAAGGAAAAGGGGAUCCAGCUGGCGAGGCAACAGCCCAGCUAGAAAGAGGGGGAACUAUAACUCCUAUGACAGACGCCAAAAGGGUUCAGAGCAACGAAGGUCUGAAGGCCGGAACCCUUCCAACAGGGAGAAAGGCAUAAGUUUCACACCCCUUACCAAGACCCCUCAAGAAAUCCUUGCUACAGAAGAAGUUAAGCAAAACUUUCGGCCUCCUAAACCUCUCCCUAAAAGCAGGAAGAACGAGAAUUCCACCCAAUAUUGUGAAUUUCACAAAGAAAAGGGGCACCACACCAAUGAUUGCUUCUAG